CAUUCAAAGGGAACCAAAAGAUGGUCACUGAAGCUCUGGAGGUGAUGGACGAGAAAGUGGCUCUGCAGAUGAAGGCUGAUUUGGAAUCCAAAGGAGAGGUAGAGUUUUACAUAUGCUGUCUUGGGAAAAACGUAACUGUUAAGAAAAGCAUGGUAUCUAUUUCCAAGGAGAAAAAGAAAGAGCACCAGAGAGUGUUUACUCCUUCUGUGAUUGAGCCAUCUUUUGGGAUUGGUCGGAUUAUAUACUGUCUUUUCGAGCACGCUUUCUACACCAGGCCAAGUAAAGCUGGGGAUGAGCAGCUAAAUGUAUUCCGAUUUCCCUCCUCUUGUGGCACCGAUAAAAUGCACAGUGUUCCCACUGGUUCAGAAUCAGCAAUAUGAAGAAGUUGCAAAAUUCAUUUCCAAAUCACUGACUGCAGCUGGAAUUUCGCAUAAGAUUGACAUUACAGGCACUUCCAUAGGAAAACGUUAUGCCAGGACAGAUGAACUUGGUGUGCCCUUUGCGGUCACAGUCGAUUCAACGUCAUCAGUUACAAUCCGGGAGAGGGAUAGCAAGGAUCAAAUUCGUGUUAAUAUGGAAAAUGUGGCUGCAGUGGUCAAGGAGGUGACUGAUGGACAGAGCACAUGGGAUGGCAUUUUAAAGGCAUACCCACUUCAUUCUUCAGGGUCUGUAGAUGAGGAGUGAGUGACUUGCUGAUUUUGGAUGGCUAGAACUUUUUUCUUUUUUUCCCAUAGGAAUCAUAUUGCCAACAGAGUGAUUACAUAUAUUGAGCAACUUGGAUGGCCGGAACUUGGAGCCGCAGUUUUGUUUCUUUUCAUUUGUGGGCCUCUUGGCUGAAUACGUUGCAAGUUUCUGCUUACACCUAGCCUGGUAUUUAACUCAGUAGGAGGUUUGCUUGAGCAUCAACGUGCAAUUUUUGGGACAAAGUUUAGAAUUCUUCCUCGGUCCACUUGGUGGAAGUAAGAUGACGCAACUAAA